AUGGUUUGGCUUGCAAAUCUCGAGGGAUCAGGCCUCUUGUUCACCUACGCUCUCUUCGGUGUACAGCACGAUGAGCUCACAGAUGAAAAGAAGCAGACGGUCCUCAAGCUAUAUCACCUGUUGAACAGCUCUGCAGAUCGAGUAGACCAUCUCCAGGACGAAAGUCACGAGACACCUCGCAAAGGGCCACGAUCGACAACCUUUGUUGCCUAUUGGAAGGAUUGCCGCAGAUAUGACACAUGGAGACAGGAUGAUGCUUUUAGGAGCUUUUGGGACAACCUUUCCGAUGAUGCUGGUGUUUGGCGUGAGGUCAUGACGGUCCCCAAGUCGCGGUAUAUGUUCGCAGCCAACCAACUUGAAACUUCUGGGCUAGCCACCAUGCUUGGGCUCAAGGACAGCUCGGAUGAAGGCUACUGGGGCGUUUACAGGCAUCGAUUGCACGAUAAUCCAGAUGAGCACACCGAUCCUGCCGACUCCUUUACAACUUCACUGGUCACGACGACGAGAGCCAAACCCGACAUUGACAAGAAGGCCAUCAACCUCGAGAGCUCCUUCACAAAUGAGAUCAAACUGGGCCGAGUUAAGCUGACAAAGAUUCCCGACAACCUAUGCUUCUGUCGCGAAGGACAAAGACGACCGGACUUCGACAAAGAGGAACUUGAAUCAUGGUUGGAGGUUCUCGGGCCGUACGCAAAAUCCUGGAUGAACCACCUCAACACGGCCAGAAACCGGAAUGGGGUUGUUUCAUUUACGAUGCAUGUGGGGCACGAGAAUGCGGACCCUUCUCAGGUGAAAGAGAUCGAUCCAUCGCAAGAUCUGAGCUUUCCCACCGAAGCGACUGCCGAAGCGAACCAAUUAAUGUACUUUCUCGACCUGGCACAUUUCGAACAGGCGGGCCGGUCGUUCAAGGACCAUGUUAAGCUGCGUCAGAAGACCUUUGAGCUAUACGGCAAGGACGGGAAGCACAGCAAUGGGAAACUUUCACUGUUUGUCGAACUAUGCGUCCUGAAGUCAGGAGACCUGGAUGCUGAAUACGUCGGUUGCAAAGAAGGCACUGGGCUGAUGUUCCUGGAGGAUCUGUCAAGUUCAAAGUUAUAA